AUGGAAGACUCAGAACAUAUCGAACUACCCCAUGAUGCAGAUAUUGAAAAGACCAAUAUGUCAACAAAGGUGGAGGAUAUAGUCAGAAGUGUUGACGACAUUCCUGUCAGCCUAUUUGUAUGGCUGGUAGCUGUCACCACGUCAAUGGCAGGGAUGCUCUUUGGCUAUGACACAGGCAUAAUUUCGGCCGUCCUUGUAUACCUAAAGGACGAUCUCAACAAUAGACCAAUAACUAGCAAUGAGAAGGAGUUGAUUACAUCCCUCUGCUCUGGGGGCGCAUUUGUUGGUGCGAUAUUUGCAGGGAAUACCGCAGACAGAUUCGGCCGAAAAAUGGCGAUAUAUCUCGGUUGCUUCCUUUUCCUUGUUGGCGCUGUAUUACAAUGUGCAGCUUAUACAAUUCCCCAAAUGGCUGUCGGUCGGUUGGUGGUUGGCUUAGGCGUGGGGUCGGCGGCGAUGGUCUUGCCAUUAUAUGUCGCAGAGAUCGCCCCCGCCAAAGCUCGGGGAAGAUUGAUCGGAUUGAACAAUAUGUCGAUCACUGGAGGUCAAGUCAUAUCAUACGCAAUAGGAGCCGCAUUUGGAGGAGUCGAUCACGGAUGGAGAUACAUGGUAGGGCUCGGGGCCGUCCCUGCCAUUGUUCUUGCUUGUCUUCUUCCCUUCUGCCCUGAGUCUCCCAGAUAUUUGACAUACAACGGCCGUGAAGAGGAGGCCAAUCUUAUUUUACAGAGAAUUUACAAGAAUGCAUCGGAGGUGCAACUGGAGUCGAUAACGAUGUCAAUAAAAGCGGCCUGCGAACAAGCCCGAGAGAUCAACGACAAUGGAAGUCGAUUCCAGAAGAUCAAACAGCUGCACCUGGUUCCUAGCAACCUCCGUGCUUUAAUCAGCGCUUGUGGUCUGAUGGUAAUAUCCCAAUUGUCAGGUUUCAAUUGUUUAAUGUAUUACAGUAGCUCUCUUAUCUCUGGCAUUGGCUUCAACAAUCCCACGGCCGUUGGUCUUGUGGUUGCAGGAACCAAUUUUGUGAUGACAUGGGUGAACAUGAUGGUAGUGGACAAAAUGGGACGCAGGCGUCUACUUCUAUCCACAGCCUGGGGAAUGUCUGUCGGGCUUAUUGCGAUCGCCGUUUCCUUCAGAUGGAUCCCAAUUGAUAUGGACACCGCAGAAGUGGAAUCAACAGGUCAAGUGUCGGUAGCAGCAAUCAUCGUGAUUGUUUUCAUGGUUUGGUUUGUUAUUUUUUACGGUGUUUCUGUGGGGAACACCGCCUGGAUGAGCACAGACUUUUUCCCCCUAGAAGUGCGCGCCAUGGGUACCAUGUGGCUCACCUGUUCUAACUGGGGUAGUAAUGUGAUUGUCUCCAGCACAUUCCUUUCGAUGAUGAAAACCAUGACUCCUUCUGGAGCAUUUGGCUUUUAUGCUGGUAUCUGUGGAUUUGGGUAUAUAUGGAUUUAUUUCUUCUAUCCUGAAGUUUCCGGACUUGUUCUGGAGGAAGUCCAAGAAGUCUUUGAACAUGGCUUUGGUGUUAGAUAUGCGAAAAAUCUACGCAAAGAACGAAGUAAUAUCAUCAAGGAGCAACUGAAGACUCAAGAAAAGUCUUUCCCCGCCGGACAUUGA